AGCUUAUUUAAGAAUCUUCAACAAAACAAAUCAACAAUGUCAAAGUCUAAAAUUUGCACAAUAUUUAUGGUCUUGGUCUUGGCCCAAGCCGCCUUGAGUAAAUCUGUAGAUAGUUCAAAUUCUGUAGAGUCUUCUGAAGAAUCUAUUAAAAAUCUAAACCCCAAGCAACGUCUUGUCACCUAUAUAGCUAUUAGUGUUGUUGGCAUGGUUCAAGAAUAUUCUGAAAAAUGUAUGAAUGUAAGCCGUAAUAUCUUAAACGAUGUAGAUUUCUUGGCCCACCAUGAGCCCAUGGUUGUAGAAUUCAAAAACAAUUUAACCCAGUUUGUCGAAGCCACCGAAGCCAACAAAGAUAUGGAAAAAAUGUUCGAUUUCGUUGAUAUGUUCUCCAACACUACCGAUUUCUACUAUGAAAUACCUGAAGAUAAACUCACUCCCGAACACAAAUACAUUAUGGAAGUUUUGAACAAACAUCACUACAAGAAUAUUGAAAUUGAAAUGACCAAAGAAUUCGCCCCCGUCGCCGAGCAAUUCAUGAAAAUGUUUAAUGAAUACAAGAGCGAUUUGGAUAAGCCUAUGUUGGACUGGUAUGAAAAAUACCAACAUAUCGACGAUUUUGAGGAUAAGCUUGAGGCUUUUACUGAAUUUAUCAAAAUGGCUGAUGACUGAAAUUUUUGCAGAUUUAGUUAAAAUUAGUAAUAAAUAAGUAAAUAAAAAUAAAUCUAUUAAAAAUAA